UAGCGUUUCUUUUUCAGAAAUUUCCUAAGUAAAAGUAAAUAGUAUGGCUUAGCAAAACUACUCUUAGAAGUACAUUUUUCUCAAAAAGUUACUCAAGUAAAUGUAACGCGUUACUACCCACCUCUGCAGACAAAUGAUUAUGAUGGCAUAUUGCACAGGUGUGCUUCAAAACCACCAAGUGGAAUCUCCACUUACCCUCCAAAAGAACAAUUAGGUACAAGGAGCAAGAUAAUAAAGGACAAGCGAAGCUGUGUGUUUACAGUACUUUGGAAAGGCACACAUUAAGGGCAGUCACUUUGCUCCUCCUCUUUUAAAAAUUUACCUCAUACUCAGCUUUGUUAUUCUGAACAAGACAGACCACCUGAUUGAAUGAGAGACCACCACAGCAGGAAUGGAAAAUACAACCGACAGACAGAAGAAGAAAAAAGUUGUGGCAGUUGUAGGAGGUGGACUGGUUGGUGCAUUGAACGCCUGCUUCUUUGCCAAAAGAGGCUUUGAUGUCCAUGUGUUUGAAACUCGCAAUGAUAUACGGAAUGCAAAAAUCGUCAAAGGGAGAAGUAUCAACCUGGCUCUGUCACACAGAGGCCGACAGUCACUCAAGCAUGUUGGAAUGGAGGAGAAGAUUGUUUCUCAGGGGAUCCCCAUGCAUGCAAGAAUGAUCCAUUCACUAAAUGGCACUCAAUCUCCAAUUCCGUAUGGCAAAAAGGGCCAGUAUAUCCUGUCAGUAGACCGUGCCAAUCUGAACAAAGAACUCCUAACAGAAGCCGAGACAUAUGCAAACACAAAGUUGAACUUUGACUACAAACUACAGGACUGGAGUGCUGAAUCAGGGUUAAUGACCUUUAUCAGGCCAGACGGCUCCAAAGAACAUAUAGAAGCAGACCUCAUUGUGGGUUGUGACGGAGCCUUUUCAGCUGUUCGCAAGCAAUUCCUUCGUCAAAGCCGCUUUAACUACAGUCAGACUUACAUCCCUCAUGGCUACAUGGAGCUCACCAUGCCCCCUGUCAAUGAACAGUUUGCCAUGAAGCCCAAUUAUCUCCACAUUUGGCCCCGGAACAAGUUCAUGAUGAUUGCACUCCCCAACUUGGACAAGACUUUCACCUGCACUCUCUUCAUGCCCUUUGAAGAGUUUGAGAAGAUCACCACAGGGGAUGAAGUCAUUGAGUUUUUCCAAAAAUACUUUCCUGACAGCAUACCAUUAAUAGGAGUCGAUGCUCUCAAGAGAGAUUAUUUUCGAUUGCCUGCCCAGGCCAUGGUAUCUGUCAAGUGCUCCCCAUAUCACAUUGGUGACAAAUGUGUCCUUAUGGGUGACGCGGCGCAUGCAGUGGUGCCUUUCUAUGGACAGGGAAUGAAUGCCGGGUUUGAGGAUUGCAAAGUGUUUGAUGAAAUAAUGGAGCAGUUCAAUGAAGAUUUCAGUGCUGUCCUGCCAGAGUAUACCAGAGUGCGAGUUCCUGAUGACCAUGCGAUUGCAGACCUAGCUAUGUACAACUACAUUGAAAUGCGUGCGCAUGUCAACUCCAAAUGGUUCCUUUUCCGAAAGCGUGUCGAUAACAUCCUCCAUUUUCUCAUGCCAAAUACAAUCAUCCCACUUUACACGAUGGUGACAUUCACAAGAACACGGUACCAUGAAGCUGUGAAGCACUGGCACUGGCAAGACAAAGUUAUAAAUUGUGGCCUAUUCUUUGCUGCUACGGGAUCACUUUUGGGAGGCACAUUCCUGCUCAUCAAGAAUCCUCCAGACAUCAACAAGCUCAGCAUUCCUGCUGAGAAAAUGUGGAACAGGCUUACAGCAUUUAGGACCUCCUAAAUACUUGGCAACAUCUCUCACAUCUGACUGCAGCAAUUACAACCGCACCCGCAGUGAUUAAAUGGAACGAAUUAAUUCUCGGUUAGGGAGACAAAAUGUCAUAAAUCAUACUCAAUUAAACUCGUUGCUGUGGCUCAUUGUGCAAAAGUGCUAUUGAUUAAAGAUCAGUGGAGCAAA